AUGGUAGAAAAUGUCUUGUUUAGAAAACCUGGAGGUGAGGAUGUCCUCGAAGAGGACAAAUCAGAAAAUUUGCUGAAGCUCUGCAGGCGAAGAGAGCUUGCCAACAUAUCGGCUAACCAUAUGACUGAGAUGCAUGGGAUGAUUCCUUCCUGUAAGCAAAAGCAGAAGUAUAACCAGGGAAUCAUUACACUCUUUCAUUUGCUGAAGGAUCUUUUUUCUCCAAAAGGGCUGUACUGGGACAGUGACAUGGCUUCUCUGCUGCUCCUUCUCCAUCUUCUGCCUCCCACAGCUGGACGGAAGACGAUCAAAAUAAGUCCCAGUGAUGUUAUGCUGCGUCAGGGUAAACAACCAUACACCCUUGCUGUUGGCCGAAACAAGAACAGAACUGAUACUUUCUACAUCACCGUGGACAAACAGCUCGUCCCCUGCCAAACCAACAGCUGUUUGGGUGAUUUUGAUGAACUGUUUAAAUCCCACUGUGACAAGUCCUUGGUAAAGCUCUACACUUUCCUUCAGACAACAGUCUACAACAUUGAUGUUACAACAACAGAUGAGUCUCCAUAAGUUCAUGAGUUUUGGGCAAAACUCUCCAACUAG